AUGUUCAGUGGAUUUAAGCUUGGAUCCGCUGCAAGCUGCUCGCAAAGCACUUGCGAAGAAGGAAUCGACCAAAGUUUAGAAGAGAAUGAUAAUUCACAACCGUCAGAAAAGGAUAAAAGAAACAAAAGAGCAAGAUCGCAAAGUCCACUUGGACCAAAUAAGAAGGCAAAGAAAACUGCAAAAGUUCCAUCUUCUUUGCCGUCUCGUUCAGCACCGCUAAAAGUGGAUAAAAAUGAUAAAGGUAACGGAAACAUCUCUGAUGAACCAGUGAUUGAAUUGCCAAAGGUCGAAAAACUUAAAAAAAAUAAGAAAAGCAAACGCAAUGAUGUUUUGUUGGUAUCAAGUUCCCCGGAAAAAGUGUUGAAGAAUAAAUUAAAGAAGAAGAAAAAGAGUAAUGAGGAAGAUGAUGAAUUUUUAUCAAAUGAUCCGGAAGGGGAAGAUUCAACAGCUAAUCCGAUACAAAAUCAACCAAUGGAAAAAAUGAACGAUGAAAACGCUGCAAGUUCGCAACAUGAAUCGGAAAAAUCGACGGACCCAAAUCUUCAAGAAAACGAUGAUGAAUUUUCAUCAAGUGCCCCGAAAAAAGUGCCGAAGCAUAAAGCAAAGAAGAUGGAAAAGAGUAAUGAGGAAGAAAACGAUGAUGAAUUUUUAUCAAAUGAUCCGAAAGGGGAAGAUUCAACAGGUUUGACAACGGAACAUUGCUGA